GGGCAUUUUGUCGGUAGAGGCUGGAGGAGGAGGUCGGGGAGGAGGUAUCGGGUGGUCAGCAGCCAGCUCGUCGCUACUUGUGGGCCUCGUUCGAUCCGUGCCUCGUUUCUCCCUGGAAAGGGAGGGAGGCUUCGACAUUGAGAGGAAGCCGCCGCCUCCGUAGUCCGAGCCUGGAGUUGCUAGGGCUUCUCUCAAACUUGUGUGCUGAGGAGACUCAGAUGUUGGCCUCAGCUCCUAGGCUGAACUCAGCAGAUCAGCCCAUGAAAACUUCUGUAUUGAGACAAAGGAAAGGAUCCUUCAGAAAGCAACACCUAUUAUCCUGGGCUUGGCAGCAAGGAAGAGGACAGGUAGUGGAAAUCCUACAAUCGGGAAAGCAGACUGAAAGGUGACAAAGAAGCUGAAGAUGGGUGGUGGAGAAAGGUAUAACAUUCCAGCCCCUCAAUCUAGAAAUGUUAGUAAGAACCAACAACAGAUUAAUAGACAGAAGACCAAGGAUCAGAAUUCUCAGAUGAAGAUUGUUCAUAAGAAAAAAGAAAGAGGACAUGGUUAUAACUCAUCAGCAGCUGCAUGGCAAGCCAUGCAAAAUGGGGGGAAGAACAAAAAUUUUCCAAAUAAUCAAAAUUGGAACUCAAGCUUAUCAAGUCCCAGCUUACUUUUUAAAUCUCAAGCUAAUCAAAACUAUGCUGGAGCCAAAUUUAGUGAGCCACCAUCACCAAGUGUUCUUCCCAAACCUCCAAGCCACUGGGUUCCUGUUUCCUUCAAUCCUUCAGAUAAGGAAAUAAUGACAUUUCAACUUAAAACCUUACUUAAAGUACAAGUAUAAAAUAAGAUAAAGUAUACUGUUGCUUAUGGAUAUAGUCAACUGGUCUGAAACAGAUUGACUAGGGAAUCCUUUUGUGUAGAACUAAUUAUAAGUGAAAAGUAUAUUUAGACUUCAUCUCAUUUGCUCUACGUGUUGUGUGCACUGUGAUGUAAUAGUAUCAGUGCAGCUUAAAGAAAUUAAUGAUUUGUAUUUGGUAAUAUUCUCAACUGAGUAUCUUAUAAGUGAAACUAUUCAAGUUUAGAUUUGGGGAAUGGUAAAGGAAUCAGCUUUUUCUAUUGUUGGGGGAAAAACAGUAAUUUAAGAUUAUCAUUCAUGGGUCUUAGUAGAUUUAUGUGUUGAGUUAGCGACUAAGAUGAUAAGCAUCUAGCUAAGACAGAGAUUGAAAACUAGUUGAACAUUUCAAAGUUAAAUAUACUAGAAA